AUGAACGGCUACGGCUCCCCCUACCUGUACAUGGGCGGCCCAGUGUCGCAGCCUCCGCGGGCGCCCUUGCAGCGCACGCCCAAGUGCGCGCGCUGCCGCAACCAUGGCGUGCUGUCCUGGCUCAAGGGCCACAAGCGCUACUGCCGCUUCAAGGACUGCACCUGCGAGAAGUGCAUCCUCAUCAUCGAGCGGCAGCGGGUCAUGGCGGCGCAGGUGGCGUUGCGCCGGCAGCAGGCCAACGAGAGCCUGGAGAGCCUCAUCCCCGACUCGCUGCGCGCUCUGCCCGGACCCCCGCCGCCUGGGGACGCCGCCGCCACUCCGCAGCAGCCGACAGUCUCGCAGCCGUCUCAGCAGCCGACGCGCCCCGCCGCCGAGCUGGCCGCGGCCGCCGCACUGCGCUGGGCCACUGAGCCCCAGCCCGGGGCGUUGCAGGCUCAGCUCGCCAAGCCAGAUCUGACUGAAGAACGACUUGGGGACGGCGGUGCAGCAGACACCACAGAGGCCUUCAGCGACAAAGACACAGACCAAAGGAGCUCCCCUGAUGUGACCAAAAGUAAGAGCUGCUUCACCCCCGAGAGCCCCGAGGUCGUGGCUGUGGAUGAAGGUGGCUACGCCGUGCAGAAGAACGGAGGCAACCCCGAGAGCCGCCCUGGCAGUCCCAAGUUCCAGGCCGAGCAGAGUCAGCUCCUGAUCGAGGGCCCCACGGGGACCGUCUCCCUGCCUUUCAGCUUGAAAGCCAACAGACCUCCACUCGAGGUGCUCAAAAAAAUAUUCCCCAACCAGAAGCCCACGGUGCUGGAGCUCAUCCUGAAGGGCUGCGGGGGGGACCUGGUGGGCGCCGUGGAAGUGCUGCUGUCCAGCCGCUCGUCGGUGGCUGGCGCCGAGCGGACCGCGGCCGAGCCGGACAGCCUCGUGUUGCCCUCCAACGGGCACAUCUUUGAACACACCUUGAGCUCCUACCCCAUCUCCUCGUCCAAGUGGUCCGUGGGCUCGGCCUUUCGAGUCCCAGACACGCUGAGGUUCUCUGCGGACUCUGGCAAUGUCGUCCCCAGCCCCCUGGCCGUGCCCCUGCAGCACCCGUUUCCCCAGCCGCCCCGGUACCCCCUGAUGCUGAGGAAUACUCUGGCCAGAAACCAGUCGAGCCCCUUUUUGCCCAACGACGUCACCCUAUGGAACACCAUGACGCUGCAGCAGCAGUACCAGCUGAGGUCCCAGUACGUGAGCCCCUUCCCCAGUAACUCCACCAGCGUCUUCAGGAGCUCACCGGUGCUCCCCAGCCGCCCCGCCGAAGACCCUCGCCUCUCGGUCCCCGAGGACGGAUGUCCCCUCGUGUCGAAGCAGUCCAUCUACACCGAGGAUGACUAUGACGACAGGUCUGACUCCUCGGACUCCAGAAUACUCAACACGUCGUCCUAAGCCGGUGCCGGAUGGGUGCUGACCAGGUGACCUGUGCUGUGCGCUUGAACCCUGGGGACCCCCAGGAGAGGCCGUGUCUGGCACAUACCCCUUCCUUCUGUCUGACAAAGUGACUGCUUGAUUCUAUACAUUAGCAAUAAAAACAUAACUUAUUUAAUUUCUUGCACUUCACUGGAAAAUGCCAAAUAGCUUUGCUCUGUGGCUUUAGUGCUGAAUGUGUGUUUAAGAGAGUCUCAUGCUAAGGGUAGUCUUGGGAAGGUUGGGUCACGAUGUAAAGCUCAAGUCAGCCUUGCUCUAAGCCCAGCCCGGAAUGUUACAUAAAAUAGUAUACAUGAAUGCAGUUUUGCAAAGGAGGAUCCCUCAGGAUGUUCGAAACCUAAAGGAAGUGGUUCAGUUGUGAAUGGACGAUAAAUAGGGACAUUAUGCGCCUCCUCUAAAAAUCCUUGCAUCUUAAAGAGAGACUGCACUUAAGAAUAGAGUGAACUGCUCAUAUGCUUAUUUAAGCUUGGACAGUUGUCUGAGUCAAGCUCCAUUAGGAAUUAUUCUUUUCACAUGUCUGAAUUGAAACAUGUGUAAUGUCGAUGUAAAACCAAUCACAGCUGUGAGCUGCAUGAAAUGUGUUGUGAAAUGAACACAAGAGUAAGCUUUGUCAGGUUAAUGUAGCAUGCUAAGGACUCUAGAAAAAAAUAAACUAAG